AUAAAAAACGCAGAAAGUAAUUGUAGUGUUCCGGUCUGAAAAUCCUGUACCAAGCUCUUAGUUUUUGCACGACUCAGUCAGUAAUAAGAAGCUUAUAAUUCAUCUAUGGCCGCCGACGGUAACAAGAGAAAGAGGCCCAACAUAUUGGUGACGGGCACGCCUGGAACUGGCAAGACGACGACCUCUUCUGCUUUGGCGGAGGCCACCAAUCUCCGCCACAUCAAUAUUGGUGAUUUGGUCAAAGAGAAGAAUUUGCACGACGGCUGGGACGAUGAUCUCCAGUGCCACGUUAUCAAUGAAGACCUCGUGUGUGAUGAGCUUGAGGAUGUGAUGGAAGAAGGUGGAAACAUUGUAGAUUAUCACGGUUGUGAUUUCUUUCCCGAAAGAUGGUUUGAUGUUGUUGUAGUACUUCAAACUGACAACACCGUGUUGUAUGAUCGGUUGAGUAAAAGAGGUUAUGAAGGUGCCAAGCUUUCAAACAACAUAGAGUGUGAAAUCUUCCAAGUACUGCUAGAGGAAGCAAAAGAAAGUUACUCGGAAGAUAUUGUAAAAGCUUUGAAGAGUGAUAAUAUCGACGAUAUCACAAGAAAUGUUUCAAGUUUAACUGAUUGGAUCAGGAGUUGGCCCCCAACAUCUUGAACGCUUGCUAUUUUCCGCAAUCGACCCUCUGCAUAUGCUUUGCUUCACCAUGCAAAAGAAGCUCUGGUGAGUGCCUUAAUCAGGUAUGUCUCUAUCAGGUAUCGGUUUAAAUCUCUAUUGCUUUUAAAGUUUAGCUUGAACACGAAAUCAGUUAACUGUGGUAGUUUCGGUUAUUUUCGUGGGUUAAUCUCCGGGUCUGGGUUUGAGUUAUGUGAGAUUGUUAUCUUUAAUUUAAGUAUUUUUGUUAAUGGUGUUUGUAACUGAUAGUUCAAGGAUGUAUUGUGAUCGGUGAAGAGACAAUUGUUAUGUAGGUUUUUCUUUUUCCCCUUUUAAAA